CACUCCUCCACUCCGACAGCUACGCUAACAAAAUGUCCACAAAUGGCAGCACAAUGCCGUCCCCCCAGGUGCUGUACAACCUGGAAAACCCCGUCUUCUGUUGCUAUCUCUUUUGGGCCACGGUGCUGGUGGUCAAGAUGCUGCUCAUGUCGCUUUUGACGGCCCUGCAACGCUUCCGGUACAAGCUUCUGGGUCUGGUUCCAUUGGGACUGAGACGCAAGAUAUUUCCCAACGAGGAGGAUCUCUUCUUCAAGAACACAGAGGUGCAGUUUAAUGAUCCACAUGUGGAGCGCGUACGCAGAGCUCAUCGCAACGACAUGGAGAAUAUCUUGCCAUACUUCAUCAUGUCCCUGAUCUACAUCAGCACCAAUCCAGAUGCCACAGUCGCCUGCAACCUGUUCCGAGUGGCCUCCUUGGCCCGCAUAGCGCACACCCUGGUCUACGCCGUGUAUCCAGUGCCGCAGCCAUCCCGGAUAAUCGCCUUUGGCAGCAUGCUGCUCAUCACUUUUUACAUGGCCGCCGUUGUAGCCUUGCGCACCCUUAGCUUUAUCUGAUUGUAGCGCAUCCCUUUCGCUCCCUCUCUCUUUCUGUAUUAGACAAGAACGCAUUUGGCAUGAA